ACCGGUGGAAAGAGGUAGAGAAGUGGGGCUAUACGAAGGGGGAAAUGAAAAGGGGCGAGUGAGUGAAGUUAAGCUCCAGAGAGAGAGAGAGAGAGAGAGAGAGAGAAGGAGGGAGAAGGAGAGAUAGAGAAUGGGGGAAAGGGAAGGGGUGGUUGAGAGAAAGAGAGGUGGUAGGGCGGAGGGACAGGGCGUUCGGAGCAUGAAUCGUGGAGCGAGCGGAUGGACGGGCGGAUGGACGGACGGACGCAAACGCUGAAAUCAGCUCGGCCGAUCGAUACGAUAAAUGGAUGCGUGCGAUUGGUAGCCAGGAAAAUCGAUGACGAACGCGAAUACAGGGGGGCUACAUAGACACAUAGGGAGGAGGGAGAGUCUAUACUAGCUCGGCGAAAGCGGCCGCCGCUACUGCCGCCGCCGCCGCCGCCGCUAUCGCCGCCGCUGCCGCUGCCGCUGCCGCUGCCGCUGGCGGCGGUGAGGAUGGAGCAAAGACCGAAAUAUCGAUUUUUAGGCCCCUACGCGGCGCGGUUCGAUGCUCAUAUCUGCCCCCGUCUUCCCCCCGGCCGUGCGUCCGCGCCGUCGGAGAGAGCGGCCGAGGGAGAUAGAAAGAGAGAACGAGAGAGAAGGCACCUUUCAAAACACCGACGACGACGACGACGACGACGUCGACGACGAGGACGCGCGCGAGAUACACCGUCGCGGUGCCGUCGCAGAAACGACGAACGAAACAACCUACGAUAAUAAGUACGGUGACCGAGAAAAAGCACGCAACGACUGCACGAUCACGGCAACGUCUUUGACGCGCGAUCCUCCUAGUGUGUGCACGAGGGAACAAUACUCGAUAAAUAAAGGGAGUGAGAUCUCUCUCUUCGACCGAUGUUGUCAGAAAAGAUGGCCAUCGCUGCUUCGGAGAAUUAUCAACUGAAAUGGCACAGCUACGGGGCUCAUCUUCACAGCUCCGUCGCGACGCUCCUCCAUUCGGAAUCCUUCGCGGAUGUUCUUCUGGCAACGUCCUGCGGCCGGCACGUGGCGGCACAUCGGUUUGUCCUUGCAGCCUGCUCCUCGUACCUAAGUCACAUCUUUCAAACCUGUCAUUUCGGGGCCAACUCGAAUGCCCCGACGAUCGUGGUAUUGCCAACGGAGAUCGGUUACCGCACGCUGAAGAUUCUUAUACAGUACAUGUACAGUGGAGAGGCGACUGUGACGAACGAUCAAUUGGAAGGAGUUUUAAAGGCUGGAGAUAUAUUGAGAGUACGUGGAUUAUGGAGAUCGAACACGGGCAGUAAAAAGGAGAACAUACAGUCCAACAAUCAAAAGGUCGAACGUGAUAAAAAGGAACAAGUACCGUUGACUGGACAGAUUCAGAAGAUAAAGCUGGUUCAGCCGACUACCGAGAGGAUCGUCGAAAACGUGCAGCAACCAGCGACAACGCAGAACAUCGUUCAAGCCCAAAAGCCGAUCGAAAGGAAGAAUGCGGAGAAGAUUGAGGAAAAGUCUAGCGAAUCUGAAACUAAAAAGAUCUUGGAGGAGAACAAGAAUAACGAACAGAACAAGAACAAGGAAAAUCUCGAGACUAAUAGGAAAUCGAGAAAGAGCGUUAGCAGCGACGUCGAGUCUAACAAGUCGAGAAGCGAAGGUGGCGAAAAUGCGGAAUUAAAUUUAGAACUGUUAGUGAAGGACGAGCCGAUCGAUUGGGAGGAAAGUAUCGAUCCAUCCGAAUCCCUGACGAUAGACCACGAGAUCGAUAUCAAACCUGAGAUCGUACACAGUGCCGACGAGGACGGUGAUUUGGAAGAGGAAGAGUAUACUCCGUUGACGUGCGACAUGUGCAGUCAAACUUUUAACAGGCCGUCGGAUUGGGUGAGGCACAUAGAAUUUACGCAUGCCGACAUGACCGAGAACAGAAGAAAGAAGAGGAAGGGUGACGUCGACGACGACAGUAAAGACUUUCCACCUUUAAAGUGCGAUCUCUGCGGGAAUAUGUAUCCAACGCCUCAGGAAUGGGUACGUCACAUACAGACGGAACACACGGAGGAGCAAUUGGCCUUGAUGAACAACUCGGCACCUCCUAAACCAAAAAGGGUACACAGUCAUCAAAAAUUAUGCAAUAUUUGUCAGAAAGUAUUCCCGAGUCACGCAUCGAUGGUAAUACAUCAAAGAACGCAUACGGGAGAGAGGCCUUUUCUUUGUUCCUAUUGUAAAAAAGGCUUUAACGUAAAAAGCAAUUUGCUGAGGCAUUUAAGGACGCUUCAUGACAAAUUCGUACAUCCAAGCUUGUAUGGGAGUAACGGUAACAAAAAUGGCUAAAUUCUUUCUCGUUUCUUUGAAAUAACAAAAGAAGAAAGAAAAAACACAGAGAAAGAAAGAAAGAAAGAAAGAAAGAAAAGAAAGAAAGAACG